UUACACUUGGUACAAUGCAGUCAGGCAAGUAUCGUUUUCCUGCAACCAUCAAACCCAGACACAUCCAGUGGAUUGCCAGACAGAGAAGCAUGAUUCAUUACUCCAGAGAGCAUGUCUCCACUGCUCUAGAGUCCAGUGGCGGCUUGGUGACUUCUGUCGUUCCCAGUUGCUUCCACUUUGUUAUAAUCCCACUAACUGUUGAGCGUGGAAUAUUUAGUAGCCAGGAAAUGUCACGGAUGGACUUAUUGCCCAGGUGGCAACCUAUCACGGGACCACGCUUGGAGUCACUGAGCUCCUGAGAGCGACCCAUUCUUUCACCGAUGUUUGUAGAAGCAGUCUGCAUGCCUAG